UGUAUUUGAGAUGGCAAGAUGCCACUCACUUUUCAACCUUAGGUCUGACAUAGUGUUGCGGUGGACGUCUAGAGUUAAAUAGAUUUUGGCUCUGGUACAGGCAGUGAUGAAAAACACAUGAGUGGUAACAAGUCUUCUUAAUAUCUGUCUUCAGUACUAAGAUGGGAUAAUCUGAAGAAGCAGUUGACUCAAGUAUCAUCCCCAGUGCCAACAGGAUCAUGUAUUUUAGAAUGUGUUCCGGAUUACAAUACUGAUACAUUCUCUCUGCUUGUAUAAAAUAAGCUACUGGAUAUUACCUUCUCAGGUGGAUUACAAAUAAGAGGAAAUCUCAGAAUCUAGAAAGGAUUUGGAUUUCAAGACGACAACAUGAAGGAAUGUGUGCUUUUCUACUUCCUGGCUCUGUGCUCUGCCAAGCCAUUUGUAUUACCUCCAAAGUACAUGGCAUUAACUGACCUCAUGCUGAAUGACAUGGAUGACGAUGAUGAAGACGAUGACAGCGACGAAGAUGACAAAAACUCAUUAUUCCCAUUUAAAAGGAACAUGCCAUUUCGACCCACAUCACCUUCGUUUGACAUGUUCCCGAUAUGUCCAUUUGGAUGUCAGUGUUAUUUAAAAGUGGUGCAGUGCUCCGACCUUGGUUUGGCAUCCAUACCAGCCAAAAUUCCUUCUGAUACAAGAUUAUUAGAUCUUCAGAACAACAAAAUAAAAGAGAUUAAAGAAAAGGAUCUACAAGGUCUUACAGCUCUUUCAGCCUUGUUUCUUAACAACAAUAAGCUAUACAAAGUUCACCCAAAAGCCUUCGAGUCAACAAACAAGUUACGGAGACUCUACCUGUCCCACAAUCAGCUCACAGAAAUUCCAUCCAACCUUCCAAAAUCCUUGGCAGAGUUAAGAAUUCAUGACAACAAAGUUAAAAAAGUACAAAAGGAUUCCUUUAAAGGCAUGGCGUCCUUACACGUUUUAGAAAUGAGUGCAAAUCCACUUGAUAAUGAAGGAAUAGAACCGGGAGCAUUUGAAGGAUUGACCGUCUUCCAUGUUAGGAUUGCAGAAGCCAAACUGACAACCAUCCCUAAAGGUCUGCCAUCAUCAAUCUAUGAGCUUCAUCUUGACCACAACAAAAUUUCAUCAGUAGAGCUUGAGGACUUUAUACGCUACAAAGAACUGCAGAGACUUGGUUUAGGUCAUAAUAAAAUUAAAGAAGUAGAAAAUGGAAGUCUUGCCAACAUACCAAAAAUAAGAGAAAUUCACUUAGAAAAUAACAAGCUGAAAAAGGUUCCUCCUGGAAUUUCUGACCUUAAAUACCUGCAGGUCUUGUUCCUUCACUCUAAUAAUAUCGCAAAAGUGGAUGUGAAUGAUUUCUGUCCCAUCCCGCCCAAGAUGAAGAAGUCUCUCUAUAGUGGAAUAAGCCUUUUUGGCAAUCCUGUAAAGUACUGGGAAGUUCAACCUGCAACAUUUCGCUGCAUUCUGGGCAGGAACAGCGUGCAAAUUGGAAACUUCCGGAAGUAAAAACAAUGGCGCUGGGCUGUCGGUCCUUGUGGAUAAGAACACCAGUUUGGACUAGACUUAUAGAGCAAGAAACCAAUGGAAAAGGACUGUGCCGUAUUUUUGUAUUUUUAGUUAUUAUUUGUGACAAAUAGAAACCUUAAAGGGCCAAUUAUGUUUACAGAGUAAUUGCAUGAACUCUAUCUAUUUUAGUCAUUAAAUACUUGAAACUUUGUUAAGAAGAGAAAUUACAAUGUAUGGCUCUAAUUUAACCCAUUCUGUCCAGGCACAGAAUAUCCUCCAAGACAUGACAGUAGUAAAGCGUGUGCAUAUAGAAUUGGUGCUAAUCUUAACUUCAGCUGCUGCUUUUCUAAUAUCUUUCCAUAAAUCUAUGGCUCCCUUCAGUGGCUGAAUGCAAUAAUUACAUAGCAACCUGGUUUUAAUUAAAGGAGAUGUCAACAUAUACAGUAUAAAGUUAUAGUUAUAAGUAUCAGCAGUUUUGUGAUGGUUCUUUCCAUCAUUAAAUAAUUAGGGCCUGUCAGCAGAUAAUAGAAAGGGCUUAGAUUGUGCUGACUGCGCCUGUAGUAGUGUCUAGGAUUUUUAUUUUCCCACAGCCCUGCAGGCUUUUCCUCAAAAGGCUCUUGUCUUCAAACAGGGAUUAUAGCCAAGUGCUGAUAGUACAGGCAACUAUUAUAAUCUUUUAUUUAGUUAAAUAUUAAAAUAGUUCUACAUCAUUGUUCUGCUAGCCUUUUUGAAUUCAUUAAGUGUGGACAAUUGUAAGCCAGGACAUAGUUGUGUGGAAAUCUGGGUAUGUCAGAUCGAAGGUGUUGGCUGGGACUUUAAAGGGGCACUCCGCUGCUCAGCGUUCGGAACAAACUGUUCCAAAUGCUGGAGCCAGGAGCUCGUGACGUCAUAACCCUGCCCCCUCAUGAUGUCACACCCUGCCCCCUCAUGGCAAGUCUUUGGUAGGGGGCGUGACAGCUGCCACGCCCCCCUCCCAUAGACUUGCAUUUAGGGGCGGGCAUGAUGUCAUGAGCUCCCGGUGCUGGCUCCAGCAUUCGGAACAGUUUGUUCCAAAUGCUGAAUAGUGGAGUACCCCUUUAAACUGGCCACACAGAUAAGAUACAGGCUGACUACCAUCUGUAGGUUACAAAUCAUUUGAAUGGCUGACACCUUAAGUGAGAAAAAACAAACUGUGUAUGGCAUGAUCGUCUAAACUCAGCAGAUCAGUCUGAUAUGUUAAUGGCGUAAUCCAGCUUAAGAACGUUAAGUGUUACGAUUAUUAUACAAAACUUUUGACAUGUCUCAUGGACAUGUCAAAAGUUUUGGUGGGUCGGAGUCUCAUUGCUGAGACCCCCACCAAUUGCUAGAUAUAGUCAGAUGAAGGACGUGGCAGCAAUGCACUUCAUUCCCUGGCUCCUGACCGAUCAAACCUUUUGGCAUGUCCAUGUCCAAGGUUUUGCAUAAUGUUAGUUACAAUUUAAGCUAAGAGUAGGAAAUGUUAUUAAAUAAAAAAAAAUAUUACUUGUUCAAUUUCCUGGCACUCCAAUGGUGUCCUCCAAUGGUCCCAAUGGCCAUUGUUUUCUGGUGAAGUUCCGUACAGCAAUUUGACUACUUCGUCCAUUCGCUGUAUGUAUGGCAUGAGCAUAGUGAGGCCAGGGACUGGCAGUAGUGGUCACAAAUAUGUACUGCAGGUCAUCGCUACAGGAAAAGUAAACUUGAGAGAGACUGCCGGAGUAUUGGCAGUAAAAUAAUAGAAAAGCUGAACAGAAUAGUAAUAGUUUUGUUUUAUAACAUUUCCUGCUUUUAAGCUUAAAGGAUACCUCUCAUCAAAAAAACUUUUGAUAUAUUAUAGAUUAAUGUAUGCAGAAUAACUUUACAAUUGCAUGUUAUUAAAAAAUAUGCUUCUUUCUAUUUAAUUUUCCACUUUGAAGAAAUGACCACUAGGGGUCUCCCUACCAGUCCUGGCAGCAAGCAUUUCAGACUCAUGCUGGAGUCCUAAACACUAUGAGCUGCCAGUCUGCUUUGUUCACAAAGGAGAACACUCAGAG